CGGAAAAAAAAGUACUAGCAAAAAGGAAAGCAGGAAAUAUAGGAAAUAGAACACUGUUGUUGGUAUCGAUAGUCACAAUUGAUUAUGAUUUACCUGCAAUCUUCCAUUAUGCAAUUGGACUUUUGAUUUAAAUAAAAGUAGAAAUCAGCCCCCACCAUGGGCUUUGGGAAAGACAUGAGGGGGAAGCUGUCCCAUGAUUCCAUGGUGCACAUCCAGGAGGCGGAGAUCCGGCUCCUGGAGACUGUGCAGACCUUCAUGGCCAUGCGUGUGGAGAAUGACAAGAAGUACGUGCUGGGGCUGGGGAAGAUGCUUCACAAGGCUAGCUCUGAGAACUCGGAGUUCAAAGAUUGCUGCAGCGUCUUCAGGGCUUGGGAUGUGGUCCUGAAGGAAACAGACAACCUGAUGAAGACAAUGAAGACAAAUGCUGAUUACAUCCAGUCUAGUACCCUCGAUGUCUUGAUCCAGUUAAUUAAUGAGAAAAAAUUAGCCAGGAAGAAAUAUUUGGAUGAGAGAUACAGACUGGACUCUAAUUUUUCUAGGGUCCAGGAUGAAGUCAACAAGAACAAAUCUGAAUACGUGAGAGCUGUGGAGAGGUUAAACUCUGAAAAAUCAAAGUAUUGUCAGCUACAGACUAAAGGAAAGGGAGGCCCUAAAGUGGACGAGGCUAAGAACAAGUUCUACAGCUCCGCUGUCCGGCUCCACCGGCUCCACAACGACUACAUCUUCUCCAUCCACACGGCUCAGGAACACCAGGCCAUGCUGCGUGAGUCGGCCCUGCCUGCUGUCCUGGACUGUCACCAGGACGGGCAGGAGGCUCUUGUACACAAGAUAAAAUAUGUCCUUGAUGAUUAUUUAAAGCACACCAACACAUGCAGCUCAGAGUUUCAGUCUAUCACCUCUAAUAUCCAAGAUGCAAUACACGCCAUACGGCCAGGGGAAGAGUACUCUAGUACAUUUAUUGAUAUACACAAGUCACCUUUACCCCCACCUGUAGAAUUUAACUUUGAGCCCAGGCUAUUGGAUGACUACCAGGGAACAUUGAAAGCUAACGUCAUUGAGGUCAACGAAGCUACGGCACAGUUGUUGCAGCAAAGGCUGGCCACAGUGAAUGAGGAGAUAGAGGAGACAAAGACCCAGCUGUCCAGGGUCAACUCUGACCAUCAGAAGCUUCUGGUGGACCUGAACAAACUGACCACUAAGAUUGUAGAGAGCCCCAGCAUAGAUUAUGUCAACAGCUACAUAGAGAAAAGAUCGCAGUCAGAAAACCACACCAGAGAGAUUCUAGAACUGGAGGGCAACUUGAAGAAACUGGAAAACUUGGUCCAAGUUUUGAAACAACCGCUAAAUCAGCUUGGUAACAGCUCCCCACCUCCAGUGUCAGAUGUCCAAGAUAUUGAUUUGGAUCAGCUGAGUCUUGACACCAACUCCACCAAUGGCGCCACCUCCAUUGCAUCCUUCGCACCCAACGCCUCCAACAUCAAGCGCCAGCUGGGCAAGUUCAACCCCUUCCGUAAGAAGGGAAGUCACUCCAGCAAUGGGGGAGAGGACGACGACCACAACAGUUCUGUCAGUGACGACGUGUCCAAUGAAUCUCAAGCUGACCUGAGAAAAAAGAAACAUAAUUAUGAGAAGACUGACCCAUUUUCUAAUGGGAUGGACUCAAGGCUGUCCAUGGCAAAGAUGAGGGAACAAGGACAGCUUGUGGACAUGGAUGCCAAUGAAGCCAAGUCACGUAUCGCGGACGAGGAAUGGUUCCACGGUGUCCUGCCCAGGGAGGAGGUUCAGAGGCUGCUGGUGAAUGAUGGGGACUUCUUGGUGCGUGAGUCCAAGAACAAGAAGACCAAUGAGACGCAGUUUGUGUUGAGUGUCUACUGGGGCGGCCACAAGCAUUUCAUCAUCCAGUUUGUCCAGGACAGAGGCUGGCACUUUGAAGGGCCGUCAUACCCCACAAUCCAGGAGCUGGUCAGACGCCAGUUUGACUCACACCUGCCAGUGACCACCAAGUCUGGCGCCAUCUUGAAGAAGUACAUCUGCCGGGAGUGGGAGCUGCUGAAUGAUGACAUCGAGCUGACCAUGAAGAUAGGAACUGGUAACUUUGGCGAGGUGUACAAAGGUCUGUACAAGAAGACAACUGUGGUGGCUGUGAAAACCUGCAAGGACACGCUGACUGAAGACCAGAAGAUCAAGUUCCUCCAGGAGGGGCGCAUCCUCAAGCAGUACAAACACCCCAACAUCGUGCGCUACAUCGGCAUCGCAGCACAGAAACAACCUGUUUACAUUGUCAUGGAGUUCAUUCCAAAAGGUGCCCUUCUUUCGUUCUUGAAAUCUCAGGGAGCAUCCCAGUCUGUCAAACAGUUGACCCAGAUGUGCGCUGAUGCUGCUAGUGGUAUGGAGUACCUGGAAGGCAGGAAUUGUAUACACAGAGAUCUAGCUGCCAGGAACUGUCUUGUGGGAGAGAACAACGUCAUCAAGAUCUCAGACUUUGGCAUGUCCAGGGAGGAGGCCGAGUACGUCGUCUCCACUGGCAUGAAGCAGAUCCCAGUCAAGUGGACGGCACCAGAGGCUUUAAAUUUUGGUAAAUACACCUCGCUGUGUGAUGUCUGGAGCUUUGGUGUGUUGAUGUGGGAGAUCUUCUCCUGUGGCAAGUCACCGUACGCAGGGAUGACCAACACAAGGGCCAGGGAGUGGAUUGAAGAAGGUCAUCGCCUGGAUUCCCCACCCAACACACCUGAUCAGGUGUACACCCUGAUGCUCAAGUGCUGGGAAUACAACGAUGAAAGUCGGCCACAGUUCAAAGCCAUACACAAAACAUUGACAGACAUCAUUAAGAGAUUAUAACAGUAGACCAGCUCAUUGUUUCUUGUGAUACUGGUGGUCAAACUAUGGUCAUCUGCUGGUGGUCAAACUAUGGUCAUCUACUGGUGGUCAAACUAUGGUCAUCUGCUGGUGGUCAAACUAUGGUCAUCUGCUGUGGUACACGCUGGUACAACUGGUAUUCUGCUGGUGAUAUUGCUCUGGUACUUGGGUAGAGAUUCUGCAGUAUUUUGCUGGUGAUACUAUCGUACUGCUGUGGUGAUAUUGUGGUAUGUUGAUGGUGCUAUGCAUGGCCAGUGUGUAAUUCUGUUGGUCAAGUAACCAAAUGUUUGGCCAAGUCUGGAGUGUUAGCUCUCUACACCACUCUAAAAUGGACAGAUUGCUGUAUAGAAUGAUGGACAUACACAGCUGAGCCACACAGAUAGCUGGAGCAAUAAGAAUGUACAAAACAGAUGUCUACAGUGUUUAGCCAUGAUGAUAAUGUGUUUGUUUGCUGCAUGAAAACUGUAAAUAUUCUACACCUGGUGUAAAGUUUCCUUGAUGUGGAGUUGUUUCCCAUAUGUAAAUAUUCUGAACCUGAUGUCAAGUUAUACUCCAAGGAUUUUUAUGUUGAAAUUAUUUCAUGGAUCUAUUUAUGGGGUGAUACAAUUGGGUGCUUGAAAUUUUCUUUUAAUAUUUCACUUUGGCUGUGUCACAGCCAUUCACUGGAUACAGCCAUUCACUGGAUACAGCCAUUCACUGGAUACAGCCAUUCACUGGAUACAGCCAUUCACUGGAUACAGCCAUUCACUGGAUACAGCCAUUCACUGGAUACAGUCAUUCACUGGAUACAGCCAUUUACUGGAUACAGUCAUUCACUGGAUACACACAUCGGCAGUUCCCUGGCUGUUUACAAGUCACUGGCUGCACACUGCCUGCGUACAGCUGCAUUAGCUGCACACCACAGUACUGGCUACAGACAACAGUGCUGCCCUCAACAGUAUAUUACUGCCAGCACUGAACAAAACAGUCACUAGCUGUGUAUGAUGGCUUGCAGCUAUGCAGCAGACUUUGUUUAGAGGAGACCUACACAACAUGUAUGUACUAAGUCACAACCUCCCCUCCCCCUCCUGUGUUUUCU